AUGUUUGGCCAGUUUGCAGCCACUAGUCCGCUUCGGGAAAGUUGCUUAUCAUACGAAGAAGCCGAGAAGAAGUCGAGACGAGACGCGGAGUUGGACUGGAAGAGACGGGAGACACUGUAUAUAUACACGCAGAGACGAGCCAUGGCGUACAACUCGCGGACGACGCAGUACCGCGGCGGGCAGCAGCAGCAGCACCGCCAGCAGAAGAAGGAGAGCGAGACAGACGCCUUCUUGCGCCUCCCGGACAAGGUCAUUGCGGGCUGCAUCAACGAUAUCGGCAUUCCCUUCACCAUGGCGGACCUCCUCAAGCCAAACCCGCAGCAGGUCCAGAUGGUGUUCGAGUGGUUCGCAGAGCUGUUUAUGAACACCACGCGAGAGACCGUGGAGCCCGCCAUGCUCGCCGCUGCAGAAGACAUUGCCGGAGACCAGGCGGACAUCUUUCCCCCAGAUACGCGCAAUCUGAUGGGCUUCCUCGUCUCCUUGCGAAAGCUGAUGCUCCAGUGUGGAGUUCACGACUUCACGUUCACAGACAUCACCAGGCCGACGUACGACCGCAUCGCAAAGAUAUUCUCCUACCUAAUCAACUUCGUCCGCUUCCGAGAGUCGCAGACCUCGGCCAUUGACGCCCACUUCAACAAGUCAGAGGACACCAAGAUGCGCAUCGAGACGCUCUACGCAGAGAACCAAGAGCUGGAGCAGCGGCUUGAAGAGAUGAAGAGACAGCAGAAGGAAAUGGACGGGGUGGUGCGGGAAAAGACGAGCCGGAACGACGAGCUGAAGACCCGGCUGCUGGAGCUGAGGCGGGAUCAGGAACGGGUGGCAGAGACGUUUGAGAGGGUGAAGGGGGAAAAGGCAAGGAAGCAGACACUGCUGGAGGAAAAGACAGAGAAGCUGUUGAAGAGUCGCCAGGAGUGCGAGAAGCUACGCCCCUAUGUCUCCCAGAGCCCCGAAAGCCUACAAUCAGCCCUCACGGAACUGUCCGACAAUCUCGCUCAUGAUAAAUCCCAAGUAGACGGCAUGGAGAGGAGAAUGCGUGCCCUGCAGACAUCGAUGAACACCUUUACCGUUGUCAAUAAUGAAGUCCAGAGCUCCAUCAAGCUGCUAGAAGAUAUUUUGGUAGAGUUACAGAAAGAGGACGACCAGGAGUCCAAGGGCAUCAAGAACAGAGAGGCCCUCGCCGAGCGAGGCAACACUGUCAGAGAGGUCGCGCACACCGAGAAGCUGCUCCAGUCGCAGCUGGCCCGCUGGCAGGAACGCAUAGAGGCCCUGCGCAAGAGCAGCAGGGAGAAGGCCGAGCAGGCCCAGGCUCGCAUGGAAGAGCUGCACUCGGUGCAGAAGCAGCUGCGCGAGGAGCGGGCUGAGAAGCAGCGCGAGAUGGAGCGUAGGCGCAUCCGCAUCGAACAGACAGAGAAGAAGAUGGCGGACUUGAAGGAGACGAUCGAAGAUGAAAUCCAUCGAGCGCACGAUGAGUACCUGAAGAUGGAGUCUCAUAUCAAGCUCUACACGACAGAGAUAGAAAAGUGUCUCUAA